AUGGAUAUACCAUUUGAAGCUCGGAUCCCUCGCGACCCCAAGUUCAAGGCUGACAACAGCAGCGAUGCUUUCGUAGCCCUGGCCAAAUGGGCAGUGGAUUACUCAACAGCUGAGGGGGUCAAAGCAGGUUACAAAGCAGCCUUCCAGUCCGGCCAAGAAAGAUUGAGUGGAUUUUUAUCAAGCCUUCAAGGUUCAUCUAGUCAAAAGCCGGACUUGCCAACGGAAAAGUUGGUUCACUCGCCUCUUAAAGACACGAAGGGAAUACGUCUAGUUCAAGUGGACGUCAAUGAGUCUGUUCUUUCUCUCACUAUGAAAACCUACUCCGCCUCCGAGAUACCCCCUUAUGUCUGCCUCUCUUACGUCUGGGUCGAUUUUGGACCGAUGUGGAAUCGCGGUCGUGACUUUCGCGAGACUGAGCUUGAGGUUCCUCACUUCAGCCAUGCAGAUAAAGUCGAAGUAGCGAUUAACAACAAGAGGUUUCCUAUUGGAGCCAACUUGCACGCUGCGCUACUCGGUUUACACAAAUACCUCAACGGCAGACCUAUCUGGACUGACGCUGUAUGUAUUAACCAAGACGACCCCGCUGAAAAGACUUUCCAGGUAGCUCGCAUGGAUGAGAUAUACAGUGCAGCUGAAAAGGUGUUCAUCUGGCUUGGUAGAAAGCAUACGGAACGAACAGCCGCGAUGAGCAUUCUUAAAGCAUGGCCUGCGUUCCCAGAAGACCCAAACAAUGCUGAUAUCCAGUUCCACGGGAAGAAGUACGCAACCGCAAAAGGGUUCUUCGAUGCAACUUCAACUGGGUCAGAACUCAUAUCAUGGCUCAGCCUCCUCCGGAUGGUCUCAGAGAGCUGGUGGAGCCGAGUUUGGACUGUCCAAGAGUUCAUCCUCGCAAAGGAAUACGCCUUUUACUACAAUGGCGAGGAAGUCCCGACUUCAGAGCUGAAGAAAGCUAUGGACUGGACGUACUUUGUCGCGAGUCACUUAUCGCCAAAAAUGGUGCCUCAUUGGGUGACUUUUCAGCCUUCGAUGUUUGAGCUGAAGAAGGCUGGACGAAAGCUCCAUCUUCUUGAUGUGACCAUGCUUGGAGGAACUAGGAUGGCUGGCGAUCCGCGUGACAAGGUCUGGGCAUUUCUCGGUAUAACUGACACGACAACUCUGGGGCAGACACCUCUCAAACCAGACUAUAGCAACCGAAACAUGGGCGACUUCUACCUCGAUAUAGCGCAACGUCUUGUCAGUGGUGACGCGGGUCUUCUCAUCCUAUCUUUGGUCAACCAUCCUCUUCCACGAGACUCUUACCAGUUCAAAUCGAAGAAGCCAAUCGGCAAUAAAUUGCUAGAUAGGCAUAAGGCAAAGAAGCGAUUUCCUAAAAAGGAACCAGACUGGGCGCCUCUGGAAGAAGAUCUCUUUGACGAUGCUCUCCAGCCGGAUUGGUCUGGGAAGGGAGUGGGUUUUCCAAGCUGGGUUCCAAAGAUGGCGAGCGCCGUUGCGGCUGAACCACUGUUUUUGAAGGAGAUGAAGGCUCAACAGGCUCGGGGCAGACCGUUGUAUGAUCGCAAUUGGCGAAUCUUCCACGCCGCGUCUAGUGUACAGGGCGGUCACUGGUUGUCCGGAAACGGAAAAGCAUUGUCAGUGAGCGCCUGUAUUUUGGACAAAAUCACCAAGCUUGCUCCCCUGCCUAAGAAGAAAGAGGACGAGAAGGCUUUCUACAAGACCCUGCGGUCGUGGUAUCCAGGGAGAACUCGUCUCGCCGACAUACCUUAUCCACCCCAUCCUUCAACAACCGUCCCGGAGGCACUGUGGCGAACCCUUCUGACAAACAUCUGGCUCACUACCCAUCCUGCACCUGAUGCCUGCAGCGGUCACUUUGCAAAUUAUCUAGCUCGUAUCUCUGACUCUGCUUCAGAUGCUAAGCAUGAUCUUCGAGCUAAGCACAAACCUGAUCUAGAGGAGGGAGAUAUCUUUGCGAUUGCGGUGGAUGAUGCUGGGACUGAUAGUGUGCUUUUUAUAACUGAGAAGGGAUAUUUGGGACUAGGGCCAGCGCGGACAGAAGUUGGAGAUGUUGUGAGUUUGAUUGCUGGGGCGCAUGUGCCGUUUGUGCUACGAAAGGGAGCUCAAGGGUCGGUUUUGGUUGGGGAGACUUAUGUACAUGGGGUUAUGUAUGGUGAGGCUGUGACCAAGGCGGACUUCCAGCCGGCGGUUAUCGUAUGA